AUGAUGUCCUAUACUUCUGAGAAAACGCCACUACUCCCUGUUGUCGAACGCACACUCGACGCCUACAUCAACAAGAUCGACCAACGCCGUCGCGACGGCAUCGAAUACGCAUUGCUAGUCUCCACUCUGUUGCUUACGGUCUUCCAGUUUCUCGUCCUUUACAGCGGCGACAGCCUUUUGCCCGUAGCUUUGGAUGGGCACUGCUACGUCCUGUUGGCCCAGCUUGCUCGCGGCCUGCGCAUGUCAAUUCCCGCCAGCCUGCCUACAGCAGCCAUCUUUUUCAUCGUCGCACCCUACCUGGCGCAAAAGGAGCGUGUUGUGAUGACGCGGUACGCGAUCCUCGUCUGUUAUUUGUUGGGCUCGACGCUGGGCGCGUUGUUGCUCUAG